CCAACAUAUUGUUUGUUAUUGCAAUGGCAAAUUUUGGACAGCACGUGUCGGGGUUUUCACCCGAUGGGAAGCUAUUCGCUUUAAUAUGUGAACAAGGGACUUUGAGGAUAUGGGAUACUGACACCAAUGAGUUGAAACAAGAGUAUGCACCAAAUUUACAGGUGGUAGGACAAUGCUGUACAUUGACAUGGUUGUUGGUUGAUACAAAAGGGACCAAAAAAAAGAUCGCAGAUAGUAAUGAGAACCAGGACAAUGUAGGCUUAUACAUAGUUAUCGGCACAAGCAAAGGGAAAGUGGCGCUGUAUUCCUAUGCUCUCGGAAAGAUAGAGUAUAAUUUGAAAGGACAGGGACAUAGUGGGAGAAUAACAUCUAUUAUAUAUAAUAAUGCUGGACAACUAUUUACUUGUGGUGUUGAUUGUCAAGUAAUAUUGUGGUCAGUGACCGAACAAAAAAAAAUGUCUCAUUGGUCUGUUGGUCCAGAAAAACCGAAUUGUAUUGCUUUUAAUAAAGUUUCAAAUACAUUAGUAGUUGGCAGUCGCCAAAUCAAAGUGUACUCAGUGACCACGCAUGAGUUAUUAGAAAGCUUUACAGGUCAUGUGUCUGACAUUUGUCUGUUGGAUUCAUUUACUGUUAAUGAUAUUGAGUAUGUAACAUCUUGUGCAAGCAUGGAGCGCCUUAUUUGUUUAUGGAAAAUUGAUCUUAAAGGAAAAAAUAAAACACCGGUAUCUACAUUUAUAAUGGAGGAUAUUGCUAGAUGUUUGUCAUGCCAGCUAGAUAAAAAUAGACUUCUUAAAAUAUCAAGUAUUACACGCAGAGGACUUAUAAAUUUAUAUUACAUCGAGACAGAAAACUUAAUAUCAACUAAACCUUUUAAACCGACAGUAACUAUUCAAAUUGCUUCGGAUAAUGCGAACAUUAUUGAACCAAUUCCAGCAAUUGCGAUAUCACUUCAGCACGGUAAAAAGACGAAAGACUUUCUUUUUGGAUAUGGAGAUCAACGCUUCUUGAUAUUUGAAAAUUUCACACCAGCUUUAAAAGAAAAAUUGGAAGUUUUAGUAAGAAAUAAUCCAAAAAAAAUUUUACGUCAAAACUUGGAUAAAAAAGCUAGCAAUACCCUUUCACAAUCAAAAACGCUAAUACCAGCAUAUUAUUUAAAUGAGGUCGUUCAUAAGUCCGCUAUUAAGAUGCCACAGAAAAAAUCGGCUGAUUUGCCGUUACAAUCACGUUUACAAAAUUUAGGUUUAAUAAAUGACACACCUCAAGUUCAAUCCCAAUGCAAGGUUCAACUUCUAGUGCAAGCGUUGCACAGUAAAGAUACAGAGUUACUACACUCUGUAUUGUUUACAAAUGACGAAAAUUGUAUAUUGCUAACAUUGCAAAAACUGCCCUCGAGAUACGUUGGAACUCUGAUAAAUGAGCUUACGAUGUUAAUGGAAUUAAAUCAAACGAACGUAUUUUAUGCAAUCAAGUGGCUUAAAACGUUAAUAAGAACGCAUUCUAGCCAAAUGUUAGCAAUGGGCGCCAAUGAAUUAUCGAACAGAUUUGAGGCUUGUAUGGGCAUAAUAGAACAUCGUACCGUAUAUGUAUCUGAUAUGUCUAAAUUAUGUGGUCGUAUAAAUCUUAUCGUUAAACAAAUGAAAGGAAAUACAGAUGGGAAUAUGGUGAAAGAAGAUUUCUUCACUUAUUAUGAUAAAGAUUCUGCUGAGUUAGACGAUUCAUUCGAUAUUUUAACAAGUAAUGAAGAUAAUCCAGAUAAGGUUAAAGAAGAGAAAAAUAUUAUUGAAAAUGGUUUAAAAGUACAUGAUUAAAUUUAAAAUAAUAAAAUUUUAACAUAUUC